GGAGGGGAAUGCCCUCUUUUACAUUUUAUUUAUAUCGUCUUAGGCCAAAACAAGAUUAUUUGGUUAUUUUUUAGGGAAAUGUGCGUGUCCCCCUUAUCCUCCUUCCUCUCUCACUUCCCUCCUCCCUCAUCUUCCUCUUCUUCAUAUCCUUGCUAAUGCUUUUCCCCUCUCAUUUAAGCAGCCGACAAGAGCUCAUCAUCAUUGUAAAUGAAGAAAUAAUGCUUGUCUUUUUUUACUUUUUUUUGUUUAAAUUCCCGACUCAGUCUUAUUUAUUCAUUGAAAGGCCGGCUAAGUUUACUUACUGGAUAGUGCUUGGUAUGGCUGCAGGAGCGAGCUCUGGAGCUUCCCUUUUCCCUGAUUUUUGGAGGCUUCCUCGUCCUUCAUUUCUUGGACCCUCGUUUCUGGAACCGGCUCCUACAGGAGCCACAAAACGCCUAAUAUCCAGACAUGUUCCGAGACUAGUUGAUAAGCAAACUUGUCAACUAUUUUUGUGGUGUUACAGCUCCUGCCUUAGAAGGAAUGCCACCAAAUGCCACCAGCACCUGCCUCCUACCUUUGUGGCUCCUGCAGGAGCCACAGAACGCCCAAUACCCAGAACUGUUCAUAGUCUAGUUGAUAAAGCAAACUUAUGA